UUCCAGCAAACCUUCUCUGGCUUCUGGAGGGACAGACCACCGUUGCCGCGGCUUUGGCUUCUACGAUCUGCGUUCGGGCUAAACGGCCACAGCGGCGCCACUGCCGCUCCCCUUGUGCCUGGUUCUGACCGUAUUUGUUCCCCGGAGGCCGCCCCGGUUACAGCAGCGGCCGCGGCCGACAUGUUGUGAGGCGGCGGCGCGGGUGUCUCAAGGAUGGUUUGGCUGAGGCGGCAGCAGCGGCUGCUGGCGGCGGCGGCAUUGGCAGCAGGGGCUCCGGCUCUGUAGAGCCCAGCCCGCUGGGUGUCCGCCCUGUACCGCGGCCAGACCAGUGCCCCUGGACCUUGCCUCUGCUCCGGCGCCGUUGGGGAACGGUUAGGCGACAGCGCACGCCCCUCAGAGGAGACACGAAGGGGGUUCUCCAGUGCUUAGAUUUCCGGACCAUCUAGCCUUCCCCUCUCCGACCUGGGCAGUGCUGUCCCCAGAAUCCUCAGCCCCCCCCCCUAAUUUGCUCCCAGCCUCGCCCUGAAUCUUUCACACACGCGGGUGUUCCACGCCCUCUCGAGCCAACCCCUCGCCCCUUAAUUUUCUGCACCCUCUACUCAGAGCGCCCCCCGGAUUGCUCUCCGAGGGCAGCCUUUUGAAAAAUCUUCGUGGAGCAGUGGACCAGAACUGGGGGAGUUUUCAAAGUCGGGGCGCGAGAGAUAGGAAGGUACGAUGGCUUCCUCAUCUGGAAACGAUGAUGAUCUCACUAUACCCAGAGCUGCUAUCAAUAAGAUGAUCAAAGAGACUCUCCCCAAUGUCCGGGUGGCCAACGAUGCCCGGGAGCUGGUGGUGAACUGCUGCACUGAAUUCAUUCACCUUAUAUCUUCUGAAGCCAAUGAAAUUUGCAAUAAAUCGGAAAAGAAGACCAUCUCGCCAGAGCACGUCAUACAAGCACUAGAAAGUUUAGGCUUUGGCUCUUACAUCAGUGAAGUAAAAGAAGUCUUACAAGAAUGCAAGACAGUAGCAUUAAAAAGAAGAAAGGCCAGUUCUCGUUUGGAAAACCUUGGCAUUCCUGAAGAAGAGUUAUUGAGACAGCAACAGGAAUUAUUUGCAAAAGCUAGACAGCAACAAGCAGAAUUAGCCCAGCAGGAAUGGCUUCAAAUGCAGCAAGCUGCCCAACAAGCACAGCUUGCUGCUGCUUCAGCAAGUGCAUCCAACCAGGCAGGAUCUUCUCAGGAUGAAGAAGAUGAUGAUGAUAUCUGAAAUUCACCAGCUGAGUUUCUAUUUCCUCUAUAAAUGUUUUUCCCUGCACAAGAAAACAGUGAAAGAAAUGCUUAUCUGUAAUUUUGUAUGCAUCUUGGUGGACUUGCCAUUGGUAUUCUAGGGAUGUCUGCCGUUAAGUUUCAUCUAUUGUGUGCUAUUCAUGUAAAAACUGUCUCUUCUAACUAUUGAAAAUUUAAGGCUCAGUAUAAUAUCAAUUUUGAAUUUUUAAUGGUGUUUAUGAAAUUUUAGAUAGCAGUGAGUUCUUUAUUUGAUCAAUAAACAGUGUUACAGAAAACUUCAA